AUGGAGGAUGGUCUUGAGGCAAGUCUCAGUACGCCCAGAGCAACCAGACCUCAUGCUAGCAAGGCCUGUAACGAAUGCAAACAACAAAAGCUAAAAUGCAAUGCACGAGUGGAUUAUCCAAAUCCAUGUGCCAGAUGUAAAAGACUGGGGCUUGUCUGCACAAUUGAAAAUGGGUUCAAAAGAAUCAACAAGCGGCAGAAAUCAACAAUCUUGCAGCGCGAGAACCAGCUCCUAAGGGAACAGUUAAAUUCAGCAUACGGAAACAAUCAUCCCGGGAUCCACGGCUCUCCAAGCGAUGGAAUUGCGUCAAGCUCGUCUCCAAGCUCCAUGAGUAGACUGGGUAGCCAUGAUCUAGGGGCACCACGACCAUCGUUCAAUAUCCCUCAAAUUGAGCCCGCGCCUCCAUCCCCCUCGAAGGAGACACUACCGAGAAGCCUGGCUGAUAUUGUCCUCGAGCCAAGGGAAAUCGAGGAGAUAUUUGCAAUCUACUUUGCUCAAUAUGCAAAACACCUCCCAUUUCUUGAUUCUGCAAUACCACCAAAUUUGUAUUAUGAUCAAUCGCCCCUGUUAUUCUGGGCAAUUAUCAGCGCAGGUUCAAGAAGAUAUAUGAAAAAAUCGACACUGCUAGGGUCCAUCGCUGAGCAUGUCUUGAAACUUGGAUGGUCGUCGAUGCAUAUCUCGAGUUCAGUAAUUCCCAACAUCCAAGGGCUCCUAAUCUUGUCUACAUGGCCGUUCCCCACAAACACAACAAGUAAAGAUAAUACUUUUACUCUGUCGGGCAUGGCCGUUAUGCUUGCAAUUCAAAUUGGUUUACAUGUGCCAUUGCAAGGCCAAGAAUAUUCACGGACGCGAAUCGAUCUGAGCGAUAAAGGGAUUGCUACUCGAGUCCAGCUGUGGUCUUAUUGUGUGGUCGUGCAUCAAAAAGCCGCGUGUGCUCUUGGAUAUCCUAUAACACUGCCACUAGAUGUUUUCCAACGGAAACUAGAUAUAAACGGGCUUAUGCGUCUUGCUCCUCAAAGCCUGCAUCUGGAAGUGAGGAUCGCCAGUAUAAUCAGCCGAAUAAAUUCCGUGUUCUCCGAGUUUAACUUCGAUGAUCCCCAUCACCAAGCUCAAGUUGCCCCGUCGAUGAUGUUAAACGUCUUCGAGGCUCAGCUGAAUGAGGUAGAUCCUGAAAGCGCGACGUUAACAGACUUGGAGAAUCUCUACCUGCAAAUAUCCCGACUGCAAUUACGCAUUUAUCACCUACGGUUCCCGGAAAGCGAGAUGUUUCCUGUCAAUCUCCUGAAACUAUACACAACUUCUUUGCAAAUUAUUGGAACAGUUGGAAAACUCGAUAAUGAGACAACCCUUGCAUCAUUCUGCCCUCACCAUAUAUACCGUAUGAUGGCCUUAGCAGCAGCCGUUCUGCUCCGGGUUUUGAAGACACCUCUCUCAGCCCAAAUCAGCGAUGACAAGGCCGGCAAAUCUUCAUUCUUUCUCGCAAUUUCUCUCCUGAGGAAAAUGUCUGUGUAUAAUAACGAUAUGCCCGGCCGGAUGGUAGGCAUAUUCUCGCAGCUCUGGGCGUCCGAGAAGGCGUUCAAAAGCAGAGGAAUCGGUGACUCCUCCACGGCGUUGAGGAUACAAAGUAGACUUUCAAUGAGUUUGUUGCACGAUACUAUGUGGUGGUGGAGAGAAGAGUUUGGGGGUCAACAAACUGUGGAUCCAAAGCCAUCAAAGAUUAAAGAACAAAAUACAGAUCAGCCCGAAUCUAACGCUGGUCCCAGCUCUAGCACGAAUACUGACCGCCAGCCAAUACAUGCCAACACAAAUGUGGUCACGGCAAAUAUCGGUGCGAGUACAAAUCCGAUGACACAUUUGGAUCUCAUAGGGCAAACGCAUCCUCUAGAUGGCCUAUUCACAGCUGAUGAUUCUAUGUCAUUCCUCUGGGAUCCAGUGGAUCAUGGUUUUGAAUCAAUGAUCGAGCUUUAUCCCGAUUCAUGGCCUCUAUAA